ACUCCAACUCCUUACUCCUCUCGCGACUCUCACCACAUGCUGCCUUAUUGACGACGACGAUUGAGGGCGGAGCGUAGAGGCGAAUCCCAUGUUCUCCUCACUCCUCGGCACGCGAAAAGGCCGCCAUUCCGAGCGCACCCCGCUGCUCUCUUCCUGGCUCAACCACCUCUCGCGUCAACACCACAACCCAGACCACAGCGCGUCCGAGGACCAUGACCACGAGGAUACCGCCCGCUACUAUGGCGAGGACGAGGACGAUGAAGGGGCGAACCGGGGCCGUCGAGACGGGCCCCUGCUACCCGUCUUCUCCGAGACUCUGGACCAGCUUCCCAUCUAUUCGACCACCCACGCCAUUCGUAUCCUCGUCAUACAAAGAUGCGAAACCACCCUUUGCUGGGACCAGCUCCGCUCGCCCCAGGUGUCACAGUUCCUCGUCAAACCCAUCCAGCAGCGCAUCCUUGCCGAACAACUCUCCAGGGGCUCCAUAUACUGUUUACUGGUAAACUGUCUUCAGUUCCGGAAGGAGGCGAGCGACUACCCGGCCAAUGAAGGGGUGAGCAGGACCCGCGCCCUCAUAUGUGAGCUUCUCGCUAUGCGGCUGCUCAAGGAGUUUUCUACCCGCGAACUGAUUGAUGCUCUCUCGUACGACUUCGACCCUUUACAAGGCAUGGCGCUGCCGGCCUUCACUGGCUCGGCUUCUCCUGGAGGCCAAUGGCUGCGCCAGAGGCGAACUCCGCUGUCUGCACGCUCGAGUGCCCUCGAGGUGGCUAUCAAAGCACAGGCGAAGAAGUUCCUGGCCCACCCCUUGGUGGUGCACCACCUUGAAGCUAUCUGGGCGGGCACCAUAGUCUUUCACUCAUCCGCUGAUAACUUACACCGCAGUACAGAACAGAGGCCAGCCAGUGCAUCUCGAUCCGCUCAAUGGUACGGUACCGGCCGAGACGUGUCACCUCGUGGGAAGCAACCCCAACAGUCCAUGGAACCCCUCCAGAGCCCGUCUCCGCGGGUGAGCAAUGUUAGGCGCUCUGUAACUCUUUACGAUCCGCAUGACGCGUCCCUCUUCAAGCUGUCCCGACUUCGUGUUCCUCGUUAUCGGAGCUUGUUUUCGACAUUAUCUUUCGCUAUCAUGCUUGUCCUCUUCGUAGCCGUUCUCUUCGAGAAAUCGGACGACAUCACGGGCUUGGAGGUCCUAUUCUGGUUUUGGAGCGCCGGGUAUAUGCUCGAUGAGAUCGUCGGCUGGUCAGAGCAGGGCUUUGGACUCUACAUCAUGAGCGUUUGGAACGCUUUUGACCUUGGCAUCCUGUUCAUGUUCAUGGUUUACUAUGUGCUGCGCCUUUACGGCAUACUAAUCACGGACGCGGAGCGUCACUCGAUCGCCCGCAUGGCCUAUGAUGUCCUCGGCGCCACUGCUGUCCUACUCUUCCCUCGACUCUUCUCCGCACUCGACCAUGCCCGUUAUUUCUCACAGCUUCUGAUUGCCUUCCGCAUGAUGGCCUUGGACCUCAUUGCUGUCAUGGUGCUCAUCAUCAUUGCUUGCAGCGGUUUCUUCGUUGCAUUUACCCUCGCAUUCGGUAAAGGAUUUACGGCACCAGAUGCCGCAUAUGCGCUCUUUCAGAUGUUGAUGGGUUUCACUCCAGCUGCAUGGGAACUAUGGGGAGGGUUCAAUCCUCUAGGGAAAGCCCUUCUUACUCUGUUCCUGUUCAUCUGUCACUUUCUCAUUGUGACAAUCCUGAUCACUGUUCUCACCAACAGCUUCAUGGCCAUUGUUCAAAAUGCGAACGAAGAACAUCAGUUCCUGUUUGCGGUCAAUACUAUCUCCAUGGUCAAGUCCGAUGCUCUCUUCGCCUACAUCGCUCCUACCAACAUCAUCGGCUGGCUCGUCAUCCCUCUCCGCUAUUGCAUGCCGUUCCGGCGGUUCAUUCGCAUGAAUCGCCUCAUCAUCAAGAUCACACAUGUUCCCAUCCUUUUCUCCAUCUUCGUCUACGAGCGGGUUUUGCUGUCUAACCUGGCGUACGAACCUACUGAUAUGGUUGAGCAGCGCGGCAGACCAAAAUCCUAUGCUGGCGUCCCUACCUUCAGUAUCAGAGGUGCGGCUGCGGACCUAUUCAGCCCCAGUGCGCGCCUUCGCGAGCCUUCUAUUACGACGUUCCGCAAGGAUCGCGCCCUGGAGGAGGUAUUCCGCAGGCCGUUCAGGGAAACCAGCGUCCAAGCAUCGGGUAGUCGGCUUCCAGGAAGGAGAAAAUCGAGCAAUUUGGUAACGGACUGGAUGCGAGGCAUGGGGAACAACCAGGAUGCGUUUCCACCGCAGGAGGAUACCAGAUCCGUUCUCGAUCGACUGGAAGCUCGCAGCCGGCCAGUGUUCAGGCGUACCAAAACCGGUGGAUACGUACCCAAGAGACGGAAGCAACUCCUCAGUGCGCACAGGAGUGUAGCCUCUGACCCGGAUCAGAGUCUGAUGCAAUACGACCGGCCGAUUGCUGAAGAGGAAGAGCCAGAUAUGAGCAUGGAGGACCUACCCCAGCAGACGGACGCCGAUGGUGACGAUGAAUUAGUGACCAACUCGGAAGACAACGGGAGGACAUCUCAGUCGUCGAGCAGAAGAAGGAAAGACCGGAAGGAAAGAGACACGGGCAAGCAAAGAGCAGACGACCACUCUUCAGAGGAAGAGUUCUUUCGCACUCCCAUGACCGUGAGACCGCGGUCAAUGGCUCUUGUCAGUUCACCUUCCUCCUAUGAUGUGGAUGGCGCAAGAGAUAUCUCGCCAAGUAGGGAACAGAGCAGACCCAAUAUCAGCCAUUCCCGCAACUUGUCGACGAACACAUCCAACACAGUUCUCUUCAGCCCAAUCAAGGAUACAGACCACGGCUCCUCCUUCUCCUCGUCGCCCCCUCUUCGCCCCUCCACCGCCAACCGCAGUGGUAAGAACACUCCGAGGCGUGCUUUCCCCGACGGUCAUCGCACCCCAAAACGCCACACUCUCAUUGAUGAUCCACCUAGCCGACCCCGCGCCAUCCUACCGCCCAAAGAUUCCACCUUCAGCCGCUCGGCUUCCAACAUUGCAGGGUUCUCCUCUCUCGACCAUGACUAUUAUCGCCGCCGUGAACCCGAACGACAGACCUCCUUCAACACCGUUGCAUUGGAUCUCGCCUCCGACCUUGGCGAUAAUCGCCACGUCCCCGACUUUGGCGCCCUAGGCGGCCUCCCUGCGUCGUUCACAACGCAGUUUGCAAUGGCGGCCAGAGGGGGGAGAGUGGGAAUGGGAGGGUUGAACCGGAGCGAUGACGACGAGUCUAGUCGUAUGAGUAGGAUUAUGUUGGCUAGGAUGACGACCUUGGAGGAAGGGUUUAGGGAUGUAUUGAGGGAGGUUAAGGGGUUGAAGAAGGGGAGUGCGGAUGGGAGGAGUAGUCGGGGAGGGGGAGGGGUGAGGACUACGGGGAAUACGUCGCCAGUGGAGAUGGGUGCGAGGAAGAGGGGGAAGGGGAGUGCGGGCGGUGCGAAGAGGAGGGGCGGGAAGGAGGGGAGUGGUGCUAGUGAGGGGUUGCUGGGCUCGAGUGUUUAGUGUCGUUGGGGAUUCAGGGCGUUUAAGGAAAAAGUGGAUGAAGAGGCGGCUUCGUGUUUGCAUAACCUGGCCGGAUAAGGCGUUUCUGCACGUUUUGGAUUCGGCGGCAUGAAUGCAUGUAUUAUUUUCUCCUCAUGCAGUCAUGUGGAUCUCUAGCAUAUCUAUACCGUUCGGGUUCUGUAGCAUAGGAUUUGCAU